AUGACAAUGUCCAGCCAAGUGGUGCGGUUGUGUGGAACACCAGUAGAUCUAGAGGUGAUAAUUGUAUACAUGCCAACCAGCAAUCAUACAGAUGUGGAGGUGGAGGAAUUGUAUGACAAAAUAGAAGAAAAAUUAUCUACAUGUAGAGGUAAAGAUUACGUAGUGGUACUUGGAGAUAUGAACGCAACUGUUGGAGAAGAAAAGAUCUUGAACGUGGUCGGAAAUUAUGGACUGGGGACAAGAAAUAUCAGGGGUGAGAUGCUAGUAGACGUCUGUGUGAGAAACAAGCUGUCGAUAACAAACACAUUGUUCAAGAACAACAACAGAAGAAGAUACACUUGGAAAGCUCCAGGAGACAUAAGGAGAUUGCAGCUGGAUUACAUCAUCGUCAGACAAAGGUAUAGGACAAGUGUAAAGAACUCGUGUUCCCACCCAGGUGCAGAUGUUGAUUCAGAUCACAAUCUGGUGAUUAUGAAAGUCGGUCCCAAGCUGAAGAAGGUAGCCAAAGCAAAAUCAAUCUUAAAAUGGGACAGAGAACAACUAAAGACGGAAAAGGCAGAGGAGUACGUGAAUGCAACCAACAACGAACUGGCGAAAAACACCGAAAAUGCAAUCACAGCAAACAAUAGAUGGGGAAGAUUACGGAACGCAAUGAUGAAAGGAGCAGAAACACCAUUGGUAAAGUUAAAACGAAGAGAAUAA